UUCACAUUAUGAGAUAUUACAGAGAGAGAAUCAGGAUCAAUUUCUCUGUCACUCUAAUCCUUACCAUUGCCCUUCUCCUUCCCUCCACAGCCAUCACAUGAUAUACUGAGGAAGAAAAUGUUCAACCGAACCACUGUGACCGAGUUCUUUCUCCUGGAAUUCUCUGACAUUCGAUAGCUGCAGAUUUUACACUUCAUGGUGUUUCUAGUUAUUUACCUGGCAGCCCUGGUGGGGAAUCUUCUCAUCAUCACAGUUGUUCUCCUCGACCACCAUCUUCACACCUCCAUGUACUUCUUCCUGAUGUAUUUGUCCAUCCUAGACAUUGGCUCCAUCCUAGACACUGUCCCCAAAUCCAUGGCCAAUUCCCUCAUGAACAUCAGGUCAAUUUCUUAUUCUGGAUGUGUCGCCCAAGUUUUUCUCUUUGUCUUUUUUGUUUCAGCAGAUCUUGCUUUAUUGACCAUCAUGGCGUAUGACUGCUAUGUCACCAUCUGCCAACCCCUGCACUAUGAGAAAGUGAUGAACAGAAGAGCUUGUAUCCAAAUGGCAGCUGGUAUCUGGAUCAGUGUUUUUCUCUACUCUCCACUCCACACUGGGAACACAUUCUGUGAAGGCAAUAUGGUGGAUCAGUUCUUCUGUGAAAUCCUCAAGCUCGCCUGCUCGGACACAUACCUCAGUGAAACUGGGGCUAUUGCCUUUAGUGUGUGCUUAGCCUCAAGCUGCUUUGUUUUAAUAAUUGUGUCAUAUGUUCACAUCUUUACCAUGGUGCUGAGAAUCCCCGCUGAGCAGGGCCGGCAUAAAGCCUUCUCCACCUGCCUCCCUCACCUUACCAUGGUGCCGUUGUUCUUUUGCACUGCUAACUUUGCCUACAGUCAUCCCACCUCCAGCUCAACUUCAGGUCUGGAUCUCGUGGUGGCUGUUCUCUAUUCUGUGCUGCCAGCAGUGAUGAAUCCGAUCAUCUACAGAAUAAGGAACUAGGAGAUCAAACCUGCAUUGAGGAAACUGAUAGCGUGGAGGUUAUUCACCAAAAAUAAACUGUCCAUGUUUUCCCUUUGAUUGUGAUUUCAUCCUGUUGCUUUAUAAAUGUAACCCUCUGAUGACAUUAUUGUCUCUAUAAGAACACGUUUUGCCAUUUGCUUAUGCAGAAAGGUGUAUUUAGACAGGUAAAAAUGCAGACAAACACCACUUAAGUCAGUGGAGUUACUGUAGAUUUACCCCAGUGUAAAUAAGACGAGACUCUACCUAUCUAUCUAUCAUGUUUUUUCUACUGCCACCCAUCACCACACUAUCCGAGCACCUUCCACCUCAAAUGAAUAGCCAUAAUCAAGUCCCCAGUGGACCUCAUGGAG